UGUUGUCCCGAGUCCCUGUUGGGUAUACAAAGACACCAAGAAGUAGACGAAGACCUGAAACAGAAGAAAAAGGUGAGGCUGCAGCGUCACUCCUAAGUCUUCAAAGCAAAACAAGCUGUAUGGCUGGUCAGGAAGAAGCACUUGAUGAAUACACGCAGGAUGGGAGUGUGGAUCUCAAAGGAAACCCCGUCCGGAGAUCCAACACUGGUGGAUGGAGAGCUUGCUCCUUCAUCGUCGUGUACGAGGUUUUCGAACGCAUGGCAUAUUAUGGGAUAUCCUCCAAUCUGAUUUUAUAUUUAACGAAGAAGCUCCACCAGGGCACCGUCACCUCUGCCAACCAUGUCACCAAUUGGGUCGGAACCAUUUGGAUCACUCCAAUCUUGGGCGCUUACAUUGCCGAUGCUCAUCUCGGCCGUUACUGGACGUUUGUCAUUGCGUCUGUCAUUUAUAUCUCGGGAAUGUCAUUACUAACAUUUACGGUUUCACUCCCGAGCUUAAGACCGCCUAGCUGCUCACAGACAAAUAUGGAGAACUGUAAGAAUGCUUCAACAUUACAGCUAGCAGUGUUCUAUGGUGCACUCUAUACCUUAGCCGUCGGAACAGGUGGAACCAAGCCGAACAUCUCCACCAUCGGAGCAGACCAAUUUGAUGAUUUCAACCCCAAGGAGAAGGCUCACAAGCUGUCCUUCUUCAAUUGGUGGUUUUUCAGCAUCUUUCUUGGGACAUUCUUUGCCAAUACAGUACUUGUUUGGAUACAAGACAACAUAGGAUGGACGUUAGGAUAUGGGCUUCCCACUCUUGGACUUGCAAUAUCCAUUGCCAUCUUCUUGGCAGGCUCUCCCUUUUAUAGACAUAAGGUGCCCGCGGGCAGCCCCUUCACGAGGAUGGCGAAGGUAAUAGUGGCUGCUAUAAGGAAAUGGAGGGUGCGUAUUCCUGAUGACCCCAAAGAGCUCUAUGAGCUUGACUUGGAAGAGUAUGCAAAGAAAGGAAAGUUCAGAAUUGAUUUCACACCCACAUUGAGGUUCCUUACCAAAGCGUCUGUGAAAACAGGCUCAACUAAUGAGUGGAUGUUGUGCUCAGUUACACAAGUAGAAGAGACUAAACAAAUGGUACGAAUGAUCCCAAUAUGGGUUGCCACGGUUGUACCGUGCAUAAUGAUCGCCCAGAUCAAUACUCUUUUUGUUAAGCAAGGCGCCACACUUGAUAGAGGCAUUGGGAGCUUCAAAAUUCCCUCGGCAAGUUUAGCUGCAUUUGUAACCAUAUCCAUGCUUGUCUCUGUUAUGCUCUAUGAUCGGUUUUUUGUUAAGAUUAUGCGAAGGUGGACUAAAAACCCUAGAGGGAUCACUCUUCUUCAAAGAAUGGGAGUUGGGCUUUUUAUGCACAUUUUGAUUAUGAUAAUUGCAUCUCUAACAGAGAGAUAUAGACUGAGAGUGGCCAAGGAACAUGGGUUGGUUGAACAUGGAGGACAAGUUCCCUUAACCAUAUUUAUUCUUCUUCCACAAUUCGUGCUUAUGGGAAUCGCAGAUGCAUUUUUAGAUGUUGCAAAGAUUGAGUUCUUCUAUGACCAGGCGCCAGAAAACAUGAAAAGUCUUGGGACUUCCUAUUCCAUGACCACUCUAGGAGCUGGAAACUUUCUGAGUAGUUUUCUUCUUUCCACAGUUUCUCACAUCACCAAGAAGCAUGGUCACCGAGGAUGGAUUCUAAACAACCUCAAUGCUUCCCAUCUUGAUUAUUAUUAUGCAUUUUUCGUGAUACUAAACUUUCUCAAUUUCAUCUUCUUCUUGAUUGUGAUUAAGUUCUACGUGUAUAAGGCUGAAGUUUCGGAUUCAAUAAAAGUGCUGACAGAAGAAUUGAAGGGGAUGACAGUAAAGGUAUCUAACCAAGAGGAAUCCAGGAGGUAGAUAGGCAGGGGACUUACUGAUGGGAAACAACAAAAGGCCAUACAGAAAUCAAAUAUGAAAUUCUUUGAGAUGGUAAAAGCUCUCUUUAUGGAUAGGCAUUUCAUAGCUUUGGGUUCAUGGUGGUUUUAGAUAGUGCAUCUUUGAUUUUGCUUUACUGCAAUGAGGAGAAUAUAAUGUUUAUACUUUGGUAACUGACAAGGAACGCAAUAUAGUUGUAUAGGUGUGUGAAUGCCAAGAAGUGUUUGUCUUGGACUUCUCGAUCUGUAAUAUAAAUUUACGUACUAUUUUAUAAUUCUCAA